AGUUCGAUUGCAUUCAAUUUAAGGCUGUUUAAUGUUUUCGCUUGAAUAUACGAAAAGUAUGGAAAGCGACUAAACGAAUUUCCGCAAUACUAAAUCGAGUUAGUUAAGCAUUAGCCAAACUGUGUUCGGGUGUACACAAUGGGUACUGCAAGAUUAAAAUCUUUCGGCGACUUACAAUCACAAUUAGAGCGAUCUAAAAGUAGUCUAAAAGUCAUAGAUGAAAACAUAAAACGUCUAAUGGGAAGAUGCCCUUUUGAAACAAUCCCUCGACCUGGAAUUAAAAGGAAUUUACCUAUUGAGGAAAACACGAGUAACUUCGACCAUGAUGAGCCGCUCAAUAAACGAAGGCGGCUUUCCGAAAAACCUUCACCUUACGAAGUCAAAAUUCUACAACAGCCACAAAAACAGUUGAUUAUCAAACUUAUAGUAACCCGAUGCGUGGAUCGGGGUCGGCAGUUAGCCUUAGCGGCCCAAAGCGCCGAUGAUAAAUCCACAGCGAGAAACCGUAGGAUGUUCAGGGUUCUCUUGGGUACCUUGAAAAAGUUUCAACAGGAAGAAGCUAAGCUAAAGUCAAAGGAGCAAAAAAGAGCACGGAUAGAAAAAAGGAUUGAGGAACGCGAACUAAGAGAGAAAGCGAGAAUAAAGAAAGAACGACGGGACUUAUUUUUCAUCCGAGAGGGAAAGCAAGCCGAAAUUGAGGUGAUGGAGUUACAAAUGGCACGCAUGCGCGAUUAUGAGGUGUGGGAAGAGCGGCAGAAACUUAGGAAAAAUUUUAUUCUCACAAAGGCGAAGCCUCGCAUUUGCUACUUGCCUGGGCGGGUAAAUGAUGCGACCAAGGGCCUUUUAAAAAAAAGCAAAUUCCAUGUCAACAAAAUUAUCGAGAAACGUCAGUCGGAGGUUUCUCGAGAAGUACGACAUAUAAGUGUCGAAUGAGGAGAAACUUUGAACAGAGAAGAAUGUUUUAACGGGAAGAAUAGUUCAAAGCAUUACUAACGUUAAAAUUAACGUGCAGGUUAUCUGUAGACAACGUAAUUUUGCUCAUAGUCAAUAAGACAAAGAAGCGUUUCUUGGCAGAUAACCUGUACGUUAAGUUUGGUGUUUCUGGUACACCGCAGCACUGAAUGAUUGAGUGGGGAUAUUUAUCUGGACGUCGCGUUGCGUCGGUACAUUUUUAGUUAAGCUUUAACUUUGUUAAUGUGUGGAAUAAAAAGAACUAUGAAUAAGUGUAAAUACUGAAACUGCUAGAAAACUUCUUUAUGUGAAACAUACAAAUCUGAAACAGAUUUCCAAGGUGUCAGGUUUCAACCUCAUUUUUUUCUAAUCCGAUUCAAAUAAUUCAAAAAUCGUUAAAUUGAAUAAUCAAUGUCAAAAACGUCAUUUUGCCUAUAUAACGUAAAAUAUCGUUUUUCGGCACAUAACC